AUGAUUAUUUGGAGAAGCUGGACUGACCAAGGCAAGAUAAGACUAUUGAAAAUGAUCAGCAAUAUGUUUAAGAUCCUUACACCAAUUAAGAAUUUGGGCAAACUUGAGGAGUUAGACCUAACGUUAUUGCUUCUUAUACUGGUUAUGAAAACUUUACUCCAGUUUGAUCAAGUUAAUGUUAGAGAUAAUAACAAGCAAAAUUUAAAGAAACAUCACCCUCCUCUUUUCAAGCUUCAAUAUCUAAAUCUGAGAAGCAACGAGAUAUCUAACCUUUAGAAUUUAGACUAGUAGUUCGUUUAACUCAAGCUUAAAGAUAUUAAUGUGCUAAGUUGCCAAAUCUAAUAAAAAAUCUCAAGUUUAAAUUCCUCAUAACAUAAGUAUUAAUUGUCAAACCCAAAAACAUGA